CGUGAGUCCUGCCUGUAACUGCUCCUGACUGCGUUACCCAGUAAUGCACUGAGAGCGGGGAUCGGGGAUAGGGAGGGCUGGCCGAGCACAGCACUGCAGCCCCUCUCCCCUCCCCUCCCUCCCCCGGGCAAGGCAGCGAGCGAGCUGCUGCUGCUCUUGGUGCGGUGCAGAGCGGAGCCGGAGGCGCGCGGGCAGGUUCCCGGGGAGCCUGGAGCCUGGGCGCGCUGCUGGAAGCUGGGGGUGGGUGGGAAGUGUGUGCUAUGCCUUUAACGCCUGGGUACAGUAGACAUGUAUAGUGUGUAGUGUAGGGAAAGUCUAGGCGGGGUUAAAGUUCAGCUCAUGGAGCUGCUCAGCGCUCGCUGCAGUUUAGCAGAGUUGGAAAUGUGAAAGCAAGAAGCAGGCUAGGUUCUCCCCCCCCUCCUUCUCUCUCCUCUCUCUCUCUUUCCUCUCUCUCUCCCUUUCUCUCUCUCUCUCUCUCUCACUCUCUCACACACACACCUCCAAACCACAAAAACCCCCACAGCAGUCAUGUAUUCUCCUCUCUGUCUCACCCAGGAUGAAUUUCAUCCAUUCAUUGAAGCACUUCUGCCUCACGUCCGAGCAUUUGCAUACACGUGGUUCAACCUGCAAGCCCGAAAACGAAAAUACUUCAAAAAACAUGAAAAACGUAUGUCAAAAGAGGAAGAGAGAGCAGUGAAGGACGAAUUGCUGAGCGAAAAACCUGAGGUCAAACAAAAAUGGGCAUCCAGACUUCUGGCAAAGCUACGGAAAGAUAUCAGGCCUGAGUACCGAGAGGAUUUUGUUCUCACAGUCACAGGAAAAAAGCCUCCAUGUUGUGUUCUUUCCAAUCCAGACCAGAAGGGCAAGAUGAGAAGAAUUGACUGCCUACGCCAGGCAGAUAAGGUCUGGAGGUUGGACCUUGUUAUGGUGAUUUUAUUUAAAGGUAUUCCGCUCGAAAGUACUGAUGGCGAACGCCUUGUAAAGUCCCCACAGUGCUCUAACCCAGGGCUGUGCGUACAGCCACAUCAUAUAGGAGUUUCUGUUAAGGAACUCGAUUUAUAUUUGGCAUACUUUGUGCACGCAGCAGAUUCAAGUCAAUCUGAAAGUCCCAGCCAGCCAAGUGAAGCUGAUAUUAAGGACCAGCCAGAAAAUGGACAUUUGGGCUUCCAGGACAGUUUUGUCACAUCAGGUGUUUUCAGUGUGACUGAGCUAGUCAGAGUCUCACAGACACCAAUAGCUGCAGGAACAGGCCCAAAUUUCUCCCUCUCAGAUUUGGAAAGUUCUUCAUACUAUAGCAUGAGCCCAGGAGCAAUGAGGAGGUCUUUACCUAGCACAUCCUCUACCAGCUCUACAAAACGCCUCAAAUCUGUGGAGGAUGAAAUGGACAGUCCUGGUGAAGAGCCAUUUUAUACAAGCCAAGGACGCUCUCCAGGAAGUGGCAGUCAGUCAAGUGGAUGGCAUGAAGUAGAGCCAGCAAGUCCGCAUGCAACACCAUCGACUCUUCAUUUUCCAACAUCACCCAUUAUUCAGCAGCCUGGGCCAUACUUCUCACACCCAGCAAUCCGCUAUCAUCCUCAGGAGACUCUGAAAGAGUUUGUCCAACUUGUCUGCCCGGAUGCUGGUCAGCAGGCUGGACAGGUGGGGUUCCUAAAUCCCAAUGGCAGCAGCCAAGGCAAGGUGCACAAUCCAUUCCUUCCUACCCCAAUGUUGCCACCACCGCCGCCGCCACCAAUGGCUAGGCCUGUGCCUCUGCCCGUGCCAGACACAAAACCUCCAACCACAUCGACAGAAGGAGGUGCCGCCUCUCCUACUUCACCAACCUACUCGACACCCAGCACCUCCCCCGCAAACCGAUUCGUCAGUGUUGGACCUCGGGAUCCAAGCUUUGUAAAUAUCCCUCAACAGACACAGUCCUGGUACCUGGGAUAAAAGUCACAGCUUCCCGUCUCCCACCGGACAGACCACCUGACUCCUUCCCAACUCUGUAACAUGGAAGCAGCAGCAACACAGUGCAGUUACUUCACGUCAGUGGAAGGAGAGAUGAACAGAUAUCGACAGCAAACAACUAGUACAUGGAAAUGGCAAAUGUUAUGGUCAAUGGCAAAGGCCAUAACUUUUUUGAGAUUUUUGUUUAGACACCUUCGGGACAGUUGUGAUUUCUCAUAUGGUGCUGGAAAUGGUUGGGCUUUGUAAUUUUUGAAGUGUUUCAUUGGUAGUGUAAGUAUUAGGUGACACUGGGUAGAACUAGCCUCUGCUGCUGCUUACUGACUCGCUGUUGUAACACACUUUCCAUAUGGAGCCUAACUGUUUUACAGCAUUUUCAUUGAUUUUUUUUUUCCCAUGCAGGUGUGAGACUUCUUGAGAAAUCAUGAAACACACUUAAACUGUAACUUUUGUAGUAGCUGAAUUCUGCAAUAUAUAAACGUACAGGACAGACAUAGGGCAUGUUUUUCUGUAACAGAUCGGGAAAAAAUGCAGUUUUUUGUUUUGUUGUUUUUUUUUUUUACAGUCAGAUACAGUUAGAUACAUAACAUGAAAAACAUGAGCAUUGUCAACAGGUUUUUUCCACUCAAGUUGCAGAGUGAUUUAAAACAAACUACUACUAUUCACUAAAAAAAGAAAAAAAGAAAAAAAGAAAAAAGUUUGAAAUGCUGCACUUACAUAACAUUUUUUCAACAAUUUUCAACAAUUACACAAAAAUUCAUGCAGAAAUGGGGAAGUUGGUCUGUUUUGACAGAAACUGACAGGAAUCAAAACAAUCGAAUUUUGAAUUGAGUAAAGUGCAAUUUCAUUGGAUAGCUAAAUAUCUUUGUAAGAUAGAGAUUGUUGAAAAUUCUAUUUUUGUUUUCCAAGUCCUUCCACCCCAGGACUCUAAAGUAUUGGGGUAAAAAACAGCCUUGCAAGAAAAAGGGGAGCUAUUUUUGCUUUUUAUGUUUUUUAUUGUUAAACUUGUAUCCCUUUAAAACUGAAGGAAAAUUAAAAAAAAAAUCUAAUGGUGCUUUUACCACAAUAUGUUAACUACAUUAAAUGCUAAUUAAUCAUUUUCUGUUAUCAAAGCACAUAACUAAAAUUAAAUCAUAAUAUCUGUUAAUUUUAUAAGCUAAAAGUCACUAUAAUGGAUUAUGCCAAUUCUGACAAAUUUUACGUCUUUCCGGCAAUAUAGGGUUGAUCAGUUCUCAGACACCUUGGGAAUCAUAUAGAACGGUCCAGAAAUUAAAACACCUUUGUGUCCCUGAACUGGUACUUUUUCUGGACUACAAAGAAAACAAUACAGAAACGAAUGCUGAUGUGACAACUUACGCCAGUUCAAAGCAAGGGCACUUGCUGAAAAAAAAAAAAAGUUUGGACCCCAAACGUCCUGUAUCUUAUGUACAAAAAAAAAGGAAAAAAAGGAAAAA